AUGGUCUCGGUUGAAUCAACCGCAGCACAAGCAGCUUCUGCAGUCGCCCACGGGCCCAUCACCUCUGCCUCGCCUGCCCUAUUGAACUUGACCAACCUCAGAACGGCGGCGGCGAAUGUGACCUCCUCCUUCGCCCUCCCCCUCACCAAACACCCGAUAUUCCGCUUCCCACUUCGACUUGCCUCACGGAUCGAUCGAGCCCUCCUCCACAUAUGGAACCGAUUCAUUUUGGAAGGAUUCGGUAUCACUAGUCUGACAAGAGCUGGGGCGGCCACUGCUGCUGGCACUGCUGGGGCCCAGGCCAUGGCAGAUGCGGCAGUCCAACCAGGUCUGGCGCAGGCAGUGGGCGACGCGGCGGUAGAGAGUUGGUCAACCUUCUUUGCAGAGGUGUUCCAAGCAACAGGAUUUAAGUCUUAUUGGGGUAUGUUGCACUACCUCACGUCGAGAUGGGCCUUCAUAUGUUUCGCGGUAGCACUGAUUCUCAACAGAAUCAGCGUGUACGGAGCGUCAAGGCAACGAAUACAGCUGACUUGGUCGAGGAGAUUGGCUUUACGAAUCAUACCCAUUGUAAUGCUCAUAACUCAGAUUCAUCAGCUCCUGCAGGCCAUUCGAUGCCAAACAUCGCCCGACUUCUCGCUGUAUCGACACGGCGAUAACAACAAAUACAGCCUCUUAGAUUGGUCGACAGACGGUGGCCCGCUGCACACCCUGACAUCGACACUGUUGUUCCAGUCGACAGAUGCCCAAGCCUGUGCCGCAGUGGGAAUGAGCCGACCAAGUCCCGAUGUCCGUGCCCCCUAUGGUUCUUUCUCGCUUCUCUGGCCGUCCUUCCUGCGACUGAGCCUGUCCCAUGUUAUUGAAAAUCUAUCUUGCUCGCUGCAACAAAUUCCCACAUCAGUCGAGGUUGGAAUGUCCGUGUUCGAGCAUUCUCUGGCCUUCGCCGAGGCUGAGACGAUGAUCUCCCACACCCUAGGUCUGGGGUACUAUGGGUCAUCCAGAUCAUCCGGCGGCAGUAAGACAAACGCCACAGCCCCUAGCCUCGAUUCCCAGCCUACGAUACCCGCAUCAGGUACAAUAUUAGCUCUUGCGGACGCCACGACCGCGUUGACGGGUCCGCACCUCCUUGAUCGGGUCAAUAUUCCGGUAGAAGUACUGUUGGUCACCCUGCUAUCGUGCUUGAACUCGCUUUCGUCCCACAUCAUCGCUGUUUUGGGGAAGCAGCGUCAAUGGAGACUGGUCAAUACCGGAAUAUGGGCUUUGUCGUUCAUGGCGGCAUUUGUCUGGGGGUUCUGCACGACCAGUGUCAUGGUGAGAAGCGGCGAUAACGGAGACAAUCGUCCUGUCAGCAGCCUUUUACACUUCCCUACAGUGGCGAUUAUAGGAUUCCUUCCCCAUAUGUUCAUCUUGGUCGGGAUCGUGAUCUGUCUGUUCAUAUACUUGAUUGCUCUCACUUUGACGGCAAUUUCCCUGGGCACCAAUCCGCACAUUCCACGGCCAACCACUCUCAAAGAACGUUUCAUGAUAGCUCACGACAAUCUCCAGGUUGCCGUCCAGACCAGGGGGAUCGAUAUCCGUUGGCAUGAGGACUUCUACACAGCACUCCUCCGCACCGGAUUUGCUGCCCUAGCAGCGGCAUCAGAAGCGGUCUUCCUCAACGAGGGCCGGGCUGUCGAAGUCCGCCAGUUUACGUGGUUGGAAGAGGACAGGCUAGAUGAAUUCGAGAACUCCAUGCGUGAAAUGGGAGCUUUUCAAAAUUCGUUCCCCAACGGCCCGCAAUUUCAGAUUCUGGAAGAAUUCGGUCUUCCUCCUUCGAGCCCGGGCGCCGCGGACAAGGGUGGUGUCUGGGAGUCAGGCUACUCCCAAGAGCGGAAAUUCGACAAAAGGGAUGACGAAGCCAAAGGGUCAUUCGUCUACCCUACUCCCCGUGCGGGCGGAGUUGGCGCUGUACAACGCACCACCCGGUUUUACCUCAUCAUGAUCUAUCUUCGCGGUAUUAUAUUCCUGAUCGCUGGAUAUAUCGGCUUUGGGAUUGGCGUCCUGCUGGACACGAUCGGCAUCACGGCGCGACCUCGUUGGCUUAGACGAAUCGUCGGUCGGUCCCUGAAGAAGAUGAAUUCGAGGCCCAGCGGACCGAAUAAUGAAGGGAUGCUUGACUUCUGGAUCUUGACAGAAGAUGGGAAGCUCACAAUAGCGAGCAGCGAUGAUGUCGAUAUCGAGCCUGAGAUGAGGAGGCGGUUGAUGACCGAAUUUCCAGGCGAGAGGGUGGAUGAACUCCUCGACACGAAGCUGUACGAGUGGUGGAAGUCGGGUGGGUGGUUUGGCGCGAAAGACGACAGCGGAGACUAUGAGCCAUCAAAUCAUGAUGACUUCGACGACACCACGAGUGUUAUCUCGAUGUCCACGCAGGCCAGCACCCACGACAGCGAGGCCGGAGAAGAAGAUGCCUGGGAGUCUGAGCCCGAGGGGACACGCACACCAACUCAGUCAACGACAGGACCGUCAUGGUCAUUCUCUGGCGUCCAAACCAGAGAAUCAACACCCGCCUUCACAGACUCGCCUCUGGAUGCGGCGACGCUCGCAAGACUUCUGAAUCCACCCGACAGAGAAUCUCGUGAAGAAGCACGGAUUCUUGCCUCGCACCUUGCCACUGUGGCCUCUGGUUCCUCUGGCGUCAUGACUCGUUCACGUUACCGUCGCGAGAUUGAAGCCGAACGAGCCCGAAUCCUUCUUGCGGGACGCAGGCCAGACCCGUCACAAUCGACUCAACGCCGGGUCCCAACCGUCUCGCUGUACAAAGAACCACAAACCACGGGUCCUCGGCCGCUUACCUCCAUUGAGGAAGCAGAGGUGCUCGAAUCACUAAUCCUCAACCGUCGACAGAAGCACGCACCUGCACCGACCGUGAAAAGUGACCCGUCAAGCGCAAGCAGUCCCGAGGAAGACAGACCGUUUGGACCGCCCUGUGUCGUUUGUCAAAACGCUCCUCGGAGCAUUAUUGCCUGGCCCUGUCGGUGCCUCUGCGUGUGCGAGGACUGUCGAGUCAGCCUAGCAUUGAACAAUUUCGGAAACUGUGUCACGUGUCGACGGACUGUGCAGGGAUUUGUGCGGCUUUAUGUGCCGUGA